AUGGCUCAACCAUCCUCUGACAACUCUGAGGAAGACCUGGGCACCAACGAAGCCGGAACCGCCAAAACAGAGCCCUCUGAAACGGAGUCCUCUGAAACAGAGACCUCAGAAACGGAGCCCUCUGAGACAGAGACCUCGGAAAGCGAGCCCUCCGAACCAGAGCCCUAUGAUGCUGAGCCAAAGAAGGCGAAACAGAAGACAGCUAAGGGCCGCCGCCGCCGCCGUCGCCGCCAUCUGGACAACUUUGCAAGCUUCGCCACAUAUUUCCCCAGGGUGCUGAGGCAAGUGCACACCGGCCUGAGUCUCUCUCACGAGGCCAUGAACGUCAUGGAUUCGUUCGUGAAGGAUAUGUUUGAGCAGAUCGCCGAAGAGGCCGGGAGCCUGGCCCGCUCCAACAAGCACUGCACCAUCACGAGUGGGGAGAUCCAGACAGCCGUGAGUCUUCUCUUGCCUGGGGAGAUCGGCAAGUACGCAGUGUCCGAGGCCACCAAGUCGGUCAUCAGAUACAACACCCGCAGAUGA